AUGACUGCUGGGAUGAGUGAAUGUUUCCGCGAGGGCUACUCCGAAGGUGUAUCUCCCCGUCCGGCUCCGUGCUGGGACUGCCGGGAUAAUCAAGCAGCACGUCUCGGCGGCGGUGGGACGUGCGUUGCCGAGGCCUUUGUGCUUCUCCUUCCAAUGAAGGACACUUUGUGUCGACACGCCAAUGGCCAGCAGAUCGUCUCUGUGCAAUGCAACAUGGAGGCGGUCUUCCCCUUAACCAAUGGGAGGAGCCACGGACAUCACCAACGCCGUCCUGGCCAUAAAGAGCAGAUGGCACAAACGAUGUUGAUGCCUUUGCGCUGUUUUGGUGCCCUCUCCUUAACGGAGAGGGAGGGGUUCGUGUCAGUGUUGGCCGCGGAGCUGAUGCCGAGAUAUCUGACCGGGAAUCAGCCACAGAAGCGUUGUGUGUUGCUGGACAACCGCGCAGUUUUCCCGGGAUUGCUGCAUAUUCGAACUCUCCGUGGUAAGUUUAGGGACAGCUUCAGGCCGGCUCCAAACGAGCUGCUCUACUCCUCACAUGCAGAUUUGUUUCCUACACCACUGUUUUCAUUGUGUGUAUGCCACUCUCACCGCAUGAACACCUCCUUUCAAAUUAGCACCGAAAGGCGUGGCUUCGCUGCUAAUGCGCAGUAG